UUGACUGUUAUUUUUUAUUACCGCCCCGCGGAUACCGUGAUCCGCGCAUCUGUAGUACACACCUAUGAAAUAUAGAUAUUUGGUGAUCAUUUAUUUUUCUUCCUUUUUGAUUUUGUCUAAACAACAAACCUGACAACCACAUAAAAGCACAAAACAGAACCGACAGUCUCUUUUAAGAGCAUCACAGAAUUUGAAUCGCUACAUAGACAGCAACAAAUGACCCUUGACAUUGAAGACUUUAUUGCUAUUGAUUUAAUUACAAAUAUGUUAAAGAUUACAUUUUUAAUUUGACUGAACCUUUUAGCAAUAAUUUUUGGUAUUGAAUGAAUUACAUUUAAUAUUGAUUGCUUCUUUUACUUAUACUGAUCCUUGAAAGAUAACUUUUUACACAUUUUUGUACCCAUGUUUAAACUAAAAUUUGUCCACAUUUUAUAUAUUGGUAAAACACACUUAGUUUAAAUGUGUUUCAAUCAGAACUCUGCUUUAUGAACUCAAACAACCUUUUUAACACAUUUGUUUGUAUCAUAUUUGUCACUGUUUUAAUUUUAAUACAAAGAUUACCUGGUAAAAUAGUUAGAUUUCAAUGCACUUCUGUGAUUGUAGACAAUGCAGCGUCUGAACAGGACUUUUAUUUUGGAGUGACGACAUGACGUCAUAAGACUGCGCCGCGAUCCUGCAUCUGCUGAGGAAAGGUAGCUGUCUUGCUGCCUCACUGUCUUAUAAGAGAAGGACUUGUACGGCAGCGUUUGUGCAUGAAGGCACCUCACUGAACUGAUUUCGGACAGACUUCUGAGACAGUGUAACAGUUUAAUGAUCUACAGCAAAAUAGCAUGAGCUUUGCUCAGCUUUCACAGAAUGGAAAGCACAGGAUUAUGGGAUAUCAAAGGCAGCUAAGGAUACAUCUAUGCUUCCUUCAAAAAUCGAUCUGAGGAAGGGAUCUCAUGAGGGAAGUGAAGCUAACAUUGGAUUCAGACGUACCUUGAUGCCUUUCUACCUUGAAAUGUGUCCUCAGAAGGCAGCAUUUUCCAGUUUUCGGACGCAGCCUACAUAUCAUAAAUCAGUUUAUCAUGAACACGAGUUCAGUCUCUGAUGGCGUUUAUUAAAGAUGAGACUGAAGACAUAAAGAUGGUGAUUAUUAAAGAUGAGACUGAAGAUAUAAAGAUGGAGUAUAUUAAAGAUGAGACUGAAGACAUGAAGAUUGAGUUUAAUAAAGAGGAGUUUGAAGAAAUUAAGAUUGAAGAAACAUUCAGAGUGAAACAUGAAGAUACUGAGGAACAAACAGACCUGAUGGCACUGAAAGUGGCGAGUCAUGAACUUAAUGAAAGGGAAGAAGAGAAAGAACAUUACGAUAAACAUCAUGAUUUCAUGAUUGGAGAAAGAUUGAUACAGGCUAAAAAGUCUUCCUCACAAAAGAGAGUUCAAAAGACAGGAACUAAAAGUUAUUUCACCUGCCAACAGUGUGGAAAGAGUUUUGACCAACAUAGAAACCUUCAAGUCCACUUGAGAGUUCACACUAGAGAGAGUCCCUUCACUUGCCAGCAGUGUGGAAAGAGUUUCACACAUGAAGAAAACCUUCAAGUCCACACGAGAAUUCACACUGGAGAAAAGCCUUACACCUGCCAACAAUGUGGAAAGAGUUUUACUGUGAAUGGAAACCUUAAAGUCCACAUGAGAAUUCAUACUGGAGAAAAGCCUCAUACCUGCAAACAAUGUGGAAAGAGUUUCAGUCAAAAAGGAAUCCUUAAAGACCACAUGAGAAUUCACACUGGAGAAAAACCUUACACCUGUCAAGAGUGUGGACAGAGUUUCACUGUAAAAGGAAACCUUAUAGUCCACAUGAGAAAUCACACUGGAGAGAGUCCAUUCGCCUGUAAACAGUGUGGAAAGAGUUUCAGUGGAAAAGGAAACCUUGAAAUCCACAUGAGAAUUCACACUGGAGAGAAACCUUUCACCUGCCAGCAAUGUGGACAGAGUUUCACACAUAAAGGAAACCUUGAAAUCCACAUGAGAAUUCACACUGGAGAAAAACCUUUUACCUGCCAGCAAUGUGGACAGAGUUUCACACAUAAAGGAAACCUUAAAGUCCACAUGAGAAUUCACACUGGAGAAAAGCCUUACACCUGCACUCUGUGCGGGAAUGGCUUCACACGGGAACGAAACCUUAGGAAACACAUGAAUAUUCACACUGGAGAGAAGCCAUUUACAUGUGAUCAGUGUUGAAAGAGUUUCAGAUUUAAAGGUGACCUUAAGGUCCACAUGAGGAUUCACUCGAAAGAGAACGGUUUUAGAAGUCGUCACUGUGGAAAGAGCAGAGGUGUAAAGAGUAUCUGAAAACCAUUCUUGAGUAAAAGCACAGAUACCUGACAGCAAAAAUUACUCCCAUUACAACAGGGUAUCCGUGGGGCGUUAAAAAGCAUUAAAAGUCAUUAAAUGGAUUUUGCGAAAAUUAAGGCCUUAAAUGGCAUUAAAAAGCAUUAAAUUUCAUUUCUACAGGCAUUACAUUUUUUAUAUAUAGUUUUGAAGAAAAAUAAUACUACCAGUUUAUUUUGAAUAAAGCCUAAAUAAUUAAUAACUUUGAUUUGCUGUCGCAAAAUGUACAUUGGUGUGAUACGCACACGGAACCAGUUUGGUAAUUGCCUCCGGCCUGUGCAAAAUUGGCGUAACGCCGUUUCGGACUGUGGCGGGCUGGGACCUGUAGACAGAAGGCUGCAUCAGUUUUGCCAACUUGGUGCCUUUUUAGUCCCCUUUUGUGACUUUUUUCUAAGAAGAAAGCGUGUUGUGACGAAUAUAGUGACUUGUUAACCUGAUCUAGCUUCCGAGACCCCCUGGUACUACCGCACGAGCGCGAGAUCUUGCUUUCCUGCCGCUGCCGCACCUCUCUGAUUCAGCAGCGCAUUCAGUUGAGGAUGUGCGCUCUGUCAGAGAACAAAUAAAAUAGAUACUAUUGCUUCUAACCUGAGUGAUCAUUUUACGUGUACAUAUAGCCUAAAUCACAGAAACUGUCUUUAUCUUAUGUGUAUGGUGAUUUUGUCAGACAACGUCUCAAUUAUAAAUCAGGAUUUUAGUGCUGGUUUAAAAUGUCAGGGCUCGAACUUUACUUUCCUGACCAGACAGGGACCUGAUUAAAACGUCAAUACCUGGAAAACCCCCCCCCCAAAAAAACAGCAACUUGGGAAUCACCAAAAUGCGAGUAUGACUGAUUUUAUUACAUUUAGUGUAAGUGGCGAUAGAUAGUGGAUAAUAAUAGGCUGUAUAAUGUACUGACGAUAACAAGGUUGCGCUGUUGAGGCUCGCGCACCAUCUCGAGGAGAAAUGGAAACAUGAGCGAAGCACACACAAAAAGAAACUGUGGUAGCUUUUUCCCUACGCACCUGACCUAAGUUAAACCGGGUGUCCCAGACACCAUCAAUCUAUAAAUUUAUACUCUACUAAGCGUACUUCAAUACCUGUUCGAGUCGGCCGACAUCUCGGCCUGUUUUGGGGCACUAUCACCUGGUUCUAAGCUCUUUAGUGCUCCUCACCUCCACUAAACACUAUUACUAUAGUAUAGAAGUAAGAUCUCUAGUGCUUAGUUAGUUUGCUGCGCAGCCUAAAAACCAAACAGACUCCAGACUAUGCCUCAGAAUAUGCUUUAAUCACGGCCGGGAGAGUUCUCAUCAAUUCCAGAGAAUCUCUCUCUGAACAAAGGAAUACAGCAGGUUUUAUAGGAUUUCAGGUACAUCACACAGUCAGUAUAGCAUGAUCUAUUACUCAUUAUCAUCAGUCUUAAUAUGAUUGGUUCAGAUUUAAGAAAAACAUCUCAGUUCCUCUGUCCCGCUUACUGCCGGAGUAAAUUUAGAUUAGAACAACUGAAUCACAGGAUCAUCAAAAAAUAUCACCGGGUUAAUAGUUCAUAUUACUCAAUAGGUUAAAACAAAAAUUUUCAAAGACUAUUUUUUAUCUUUAGAAGGAUGCUGUCUAGCCAGCACAGCAGAAUUUUUCCACUUGUUACAACACUCAGUCCUAGUGACUAUUUCCUUAUUUCAGAGUUAGCAUUAUUAGGCCUGUAGAAGAAAAGAAAUGUUAGUUCAUUAUUAAUUAGUUUAAAAUUUCCAUCACAAAACUCAGUUAAACAUACUGCGGUAAAAAUUCAAAAUGUGGAGUUUUUAUAACUUUGUAAGCUUUUUUUUUUUUUAUAGUUUUAUAUACUGGUAAGCAAAAUCACACGACCAAGAAUGCUGUUUUCCUAAAUAGGCUACCAUCACGAUUAAAAACGUGACACUGAUUUCAUACAACAGUUCAAUUAACAAGUAGUUAAUAUUAAGUCACUUACAUUUUAGAAGGAACAUUGACUGCUUUUGUUCUAUUUUAGCAGCAAAAAUAGUUUCAAACAAAGAUCACAGCAAAGCACAACACUCAUCCUUGUUUUCAUCACUGAAUCAUUCAGCGUUUUGAAUGAAUCGGUUGAGUCAAAGAUUAACGGUGCGUUCCAAACGGGAUAUAUCGCCCUCCAUGAUCCUUUGCACAGAGAAGUUGUUUGACGUCACAGAAUGGGUACAGUAGGCUUGGAGUUCGAUUUUAUGUAUAAUAUUUUUCUAUACUGUAAUAUUUAUAUGAGUUAGAUUUGGUACAUUAGGUUUAGUCAAAACGACAUUGUACUUUAACAAAAAUACUUUACAGCUCCCUUUAUCAGUCCAUUCAAAUCUUUAAAAUACAUAGACACAAUAUACAUUAUGGUGCGAUAAAUUUAAAUAAAUAAAUAAAUAGACUAACGUUAAACAAAGAGCGCAGCUUGCACAAUCUACUCCUCCUUGAUUGUCUCGUUAAGAUGAAGAAGAAGUGCGUUCCAAAAAAAAAUAGUUUUUUUGACCCCUACACCCUUCAUCCCUUCGAAGCUCUCACUCCGGAGGGUAAACCCUUUAAAGGGAUUAGGGCAUAGGGAUGAGCCCUUCCGAAUGGAACGCAGGGUAUAUGACCCAUUCGUAAUCAACUGCCUCAUUCUUGAAUGAAUCAGCCAUUGGAAUGAAUCGUUUGAAUGAAUGAAUCAAUGACCCACUCAUUAAGACGGUUACUUGCCGCCACCUACUGGUGGUUUAGUUUAAUUUUUAAAAGUAUCAUUUCCCCCCCAACAUUUUAUAUUUGUAUUUUCAAAAAACAUUUAAAACAAUCCCAUAACAUUAAUUAAUGCAGUUGUAAUCAAUCAAAAAUAUGCAGAUUUACAUAUGUCAAAGCUGCAAUAUUCUGAAAGGAUAUUGUUUCAGAACAAAUUUAUAUUUCCACUACCACAAAAAAAAAAAAAAAAAAUCGAAAAUGCAAGUGAACUCAUACAAGUCAAUGACCGAUUUACGCGUGUCCACAUGACAAGGCUUAAUGUCAAGUCUUGUAUGUAAGCUUAAUGGGCCGUGUUUCAGUCACCAUUUCAUAUUGUCUGACAAUAAAAACAGAAAAAAUAUAUAGAUGAAACAAUUUUAUUGGGAAUUUGGCUGUAUUAAAAUAUAUUAUGUGAGCAAAAGGGUAGCACCAGAGAAGCAAACAAAUGUAAAGGGCUGACACUUGGCAGAAUUCGAAUACAACAAUCACAUGAUUCAUUUUCUAAUUGCCGUAUGUCGUCAUCUAUCAACAUUUAGCGACAUAUAUAUAUAUGGCAUUAAAAUAUUUAAAAGUUGGUAUUAAAAAGCAUUAAAUUAGAUUUCAUGAAACCUGUAGAAACCCUGUACAAGUUAAAAGUGACAUUCUAAUACAACUUGAGUAAAAAUCUUGGAGCAUCUGAUUUUAAUAUUACUGAAGUAUUUUACUCAUGCUAAAUGUAGGCUCAAAGAUGCACUAGUCCUCGACACCUGAGAGAAAUGCCAGUAAAAAUAAACAAUUGAUUUGAUUAAUGAGAAAUCAUGUUUAUUUUCUAAAAUCAAAAUAAAACUGAACACCUCAACAGUGGAUUCGAUUCGUCAACCGAAAAUGCGUGCUGGUCCCCUACCCUCUUGAUGGAGGUCAAUGCAACCAGGAGUACUUUCUUAAGGGACAGCUCUUUUAACUCAACUGACUCCUCGUCCUCCCUGACCUUACACAGAAGCUGUGCGAGCAAGCUCACUGGGGGAAACGCAAACUUGUAUAGACCCCGGGGCCAGCUGUGUGCCAGUGCAUCCGUGCCAAGAGUGCCCUUGGUCAGGGAGUAAAACAACUGUCAAUGGGCUGUGUCCGGGGAGGCAAACAGAUUUAUCUGAGCGGUCCGAACCACUGCCAAAUCAGCUGGACCACCUAGGGAUGGAAUCUCCAUUCUCCCGGAAGUGGAGGCUGCUCUGAGAGCUUGUCGGCUGCAUGGUUGAGCACACCUGGGAUGUGAAUGGCACAAAUACCCCCUUUCCACCAGCACAAACCGGGUGCUAGUUCAGAGCUAGUGCUAGUGCCAGUUCGGAGUUGGUUCAACUAACGAGCCUUCUAAGAACCGGUUUGCCUUUCCACGGGCUAGAGAGCCAGCACAGAGCCAGGUCUUACGUCACUGUAUACGUCUCAUAUUUCACAGCAAAGCCUAGCGCUGCAGCCUCAAACACACCAAACUUGUUCGAGAUGCAUGGCUUCUAGCAGAGCGAUCGGGACGUCAAAGCACCGCGAGAACGAUCCAAAAGUACAAGGAGCAAUGUUUUGGUGCUACUUACAAACCACUUUUCCUGGUUUGGAGCUGGUGCUUUGGGUGUUGAAAUACAAAGAACUGAUUUGAAACUAGGCUCUGGCUCCGAACCAGCACUCAAACUGCCUUGGUGGAAAAGGGGUAAAAGCGACCUCAGAUUCUUCUGAUUCCAAAAGAGAUGGCGGGCAAGCUGCAACAUGCGACGGGAGUCUAGACCGCCCUGGUGGUUGAUUUACGCAAAAGCUGCAGUGCUGUCCGAAUGGACCAGUACAUUCUUGCCUGUUAACAGUUGUGAGGUUGUGGGCUGUAUUCCUCUCCUUCAGGUCGCCCGUCUCAGGUCCACCUGGCUCGGCUGCGGGCUGGGCGCCGUGUCCAGCACCCUGCUGUCUGCCGGGUGGAGGCUGCUGCUUUGCAGACUUAACAGGGGCGGAGGACAGUGCAGGCGGGUGCCCUCGGUGAUGAGCAGGCGGAGUUACUGUGGGGCAGGAUGUGCUUAAUAGCCUCUGUCUGCUUCUGCAUGGUCGAGAGCUUCACCCAGUAGCUCUCGACCACGCAGAAGCAGACAUCAGUGAAUAGGUCGACCUGCAACACGGGGGACUCCAGGAGACCGAUAUUUAUCGGUCUCCUUCAUGUCUGCCAGGUUCAAGAGUGGCCUUCACUUGACCAACUAAAUGCGCCAUCACCUUAGUCGCCUGGAGAGCGAGGUCGGUGGCGGUGUGCAGCUUCCCCAGAAGCUGUUUAUCAAGACUACCCUGGGGCAUUUCCAAGAGCGCCUUGGCCUGAUAGACCUGAAGCAGCGCCAUGGCAUGCAGGGCAGAGGCUGCCUGUCCACAGGCUCUGUAAGCUUUCUCUGUCAGGUUAGACGAGAAUUUAUAGGCCCGGGAUGGGAGACGCAGUUCACCCCGCCAGCCGGCGUCCGUCGGACACAAUUGCAUCGCGACAGUGCGCUCAACUACGUACCCCUUAGCUGCCCCGCCAUCCAAGUAGAGGAGGAACCAGACCAGGUUCGGACGCAAUAAGGCAUCUUCCAUGAUCUAGUCACCACUUCAUGCACCUCCGGAAAGAAAGGUACCAGGGUGGGAUGCUGAGGACCAGCGCGAGCCGCCCCGAGAAACCAAUCAUCCUGCCAAGAGGUCUCAGGUCACGGUGGAGGGUUCCACUCAAGCUCUGUAAAGCUCAUGGCCACCGUUGUAAAGUGCUUUAAUACUUUUUUUUUUUUUAUGCUGUUCACUUUAUUUAAAACCUUUGUUUCUGGUUCAAAUGUGAUUGCUUCAUGUUAAAUUGACUUGAAAUGGUUACUAGAACUCACUUGAUGUUUUCAUUUUGAAAUAACAUGUUUCAGACAAGUAACCCAAUCAAACAAGACUAUGUUAGUGUUUUUUGGAGAUUACCGUUGUGGUGAAGUGUACAGCUUGUGCUUGGGUUGAGGACCUGCUAACAAGAAUUGUCUUUUUUUAUAUGUAAUGAAGUAACAACUAUGAUAGUGCUUUGGAUCAAACCAGUAUCAUGUCUAGUCUGCCAACACUGAUUAUCACAUUUGUAAAUAGCUAUGUUUAGUUUGUUGCUAUGUAAAGAACAAAACAAAAGCAUUAAUAGUCAUAUGAUUAUAUAUAUAUAUAUAUAUAUAUAUAUAUAUAUAGAAUUCAUGUAUUUAAAAAUAAUUCAUUACAAACAGAUUUCCAGGCAUUACUUUUUUUUCACAGCUGAUGUAUUUUGUAUUUUGCUUGCUUUAAAAGAACUGUCUCUUGUUUAGUAGUUUUUUUUUUUUUUUUGGAUUGCAGUCUUUUUCUGCUUUUAUUGUUUUCCUUGGAUUUGCUUCUCAGUUCCAUGCAAUUUUAAGCUUUUCUUGGUUCAUUCCAUGUUUUCUAGGCACCCUCUCUCAUGCUAAUUCAGAUUAGCACAGAUGGUUUUAAAUUAAUCUAGUUUAUUUUAAUUCAAGACUCCAUAGUCCAGGUUUUAGCAAUCUGUACUUAAUCUGUGUUCCAGAAAGCCAUUUUUUAAGCCACGAUUAACUAUUCUAGAUUAAGGCCUAUCCUGGCUUAAUUUAAACCCUGUCUGGGAAACCACCCCGUAGAGUUUGCAUGCUUGGCUCCAAAGCAAAGACAAAGUGUGAGUGCUCUCACUUCCGCAUUUAUACCCGCGCUGCUGGGACGGUGCAUGUGACGCAAAGCUCGCAUGCCAAUGUCCAUUGGCUCAUUUAGUUACACUCAAAGGUGAUAGGGUUCUCUAGCGAUGUCCCAAUUCUUCAGUUUACUUCUGACGUACGUCGAACGUGACUUACUGAAAGAGAACUGUGCCUGUAAGUAUAAAAUUUCUUAAAAAUGCUCUUAAGAAUAGUCUUAAGUUUUGACUUAAAUGUCAAAAUGUUCUUAGUAAAAAGUAGGACUUUUCAAAAAAAAAAAGCUAAACAAUUUUCAGUGAAGUCUAAGACUAAUUUUUAAGUGCUGAUUGAGGUGGUACUUAAGUGUUGUGAACUAAGGACUACAAUAAUGUCAUCUCAAAAUGGCCGCCCUCAGCCAAUAGUGAGACUGCAAGGGUGAAGUAACAGCAGCGUGAGACCAAUUAUUUAAUGCAAUUAUAAUAAAAUCAUUAAUGAAUUUAUUUUUAAAAGAAAUGGCUUUGCAUUGUGCAAAAUUCUCAAUUUAGCACUGUUGCUGUGGAAUCAUUUUCUGUGAUGGAACACGAGUUUCAUGAAUGGCUCCAACAACUCCAGGAAAACCCCAAAUCCUCAUAAAGACAGCUUCCUUUUGCUGCAUCGUUUGAUGGUCAGUUAAAGUCAAUUAACUGUCAAAUAGUAGUGACCAAAAGUGAUGUUUUCUUAGGAAAUUGUACAUAUUCACCCUUUAUUCAAAUAUGAUUAAAAAAGAAUUAAAGGGGUGGUUAAGUAUGAUUUCACUUUUUUAACUUUAGUUAGUGUGUAAUGUUGCUGUUUGAUCAUAAACAACAUCUGCAAAGUUACGACGCUCAAGGUUCAAUGCAAAAGGGAGAUAUUGUCUUUUAAAGAAUUCUGUUUAAAGACUACAACAAACUGCUGGUUGGGACUAAAACAAGCUUCUUCCUGGGUUUGUGACAUCACUAACCCUAGAAUUUACAUAAACCCCGCCCCCAAGAACACACAACAAAGGGCCAUGUUAUUGCAAUACAGUAUGUAACAAUACAGUAUGUAACAAAAAUGCAAUAGCAUGUCAUAAAAACAAGAUGACAACAUAAGUUAUAACUGUAACUAAACUAUUAUAUCUUCAUGCAGCAUAUAUUCUCUGACUCUGUAGGCAUUUUACAACAGUUCCCACACCAGCAAUUUAUAGAUUAUCAGUACAGAUAUACUAAUCAAUGCUCAAUGCUUUAAGAUAUCCCAUAUCAGCUACAUAAAAUAAGCAACUAACCAUUCAGAAACGUCUUGUUGCGUUCUACAUGUUGUCACUUCUUGAGUCUCUCCAUCAUUGUUCAACUUUGAUUUGAACAUAAAAGGGAGUUCUGUCAUGACAACAACACUGUCAUGCAGUGUUUGCAUGGUAAUGGAUAUGACAAUGUAGAUAAAUUUGGUCUUGGCGGAAUAGAGCUGCUACGCUGCUGCUGCUGUUGAUUAUUGCUGCUGCUGCUGCUGCAGAGCAAGUACGGGACUUGCUACUGCCAAUACAUACACGACACGCUGCUGUGAGCAAGUAAGACAUGCUGCUGCUGUACAAUAUAGCGUACAUGAAUAACCCCCCAACAAAGUAGGUGACAUGAUAUUAGACAAUACAAGCCCAGUGUACUGUAUGUCAGAGAUCCCCCAUCAAUGCAGAGGGCAAGAUGAUGAUUCACCCUCACCCCCCAGCAGAUCUACCGCCAAAACAUAUGUACUGCUGCUGCUCCGAAGAGCCAUAGGAAGUGCGUGUAUGCUAUCUAUGUGUGCCUGGCCCAUUUUUGCCACAACUAAGUAAUUCUGGGCUGUAAGGCUUAGCUCUAGUGAACAAUAUGGCUAUGUGUGCCUGGGCUACCACACCCAAUGGCUUAGCUCUAGUGGCCUAUGACUAUGUGUGUCUGAGCCAAAAGGCUCAAACAUACCAAUUAGAAUGUGCAUUAUGUGUGGCUUUAACAAUGGUAAAACGUUGCAGGCUAAUAGAGAUAAGAAACCCUCCACGACCGCCUGAGCAAAUAAUAGUAUAAUGAUGUAGCAUCAUUUGAUAAUGUCAUUGUCAAACCCGGUAUACUCCUAAAGUAAACUCGUUCGGAUGAACGGAAAUUAAUGGGCAUGACUCCAAUGUGCAUCAGCUGACCCAGCCCGAAACACGUAGGUACAUGAAACAUUAGCCUUGAAGAGUUGUUGAGGUUGAGCAAUACUGUGAAACAUUUAGAUUUACACGUCAUAAUAUGAAUGAGAUUUCAAUAGAAACUCAAUAUUUUUAAUUAAUAUUCUAUCUGUUUGAGUUGCAUGCUAAUGCAUUACUAUUAUAUCUUUGUCUCAUAUGCAAUGGUUAUGUCAGUUGAUGCAAUUGACAGUGAAUCCCAUAACAUCACUUCGCAGCAUGCAACCGACUGUCGGUCCUCACAGAUAACACAAUGAAACGUAUGGCCGCGAUAGCGUGAAGAACGUUCACUUCUCGGUAGUGAACUCAAAGUUCCGCUACGUCAAUGGCUGACCACCACACUGCAAAGUGUCUUACGCUCCUGUUAAUGAAUACCUCGGCAUUUAAGCAAAGAGAGAGAGAUUUCUGACGGAUACGCAGCCACCGCUCAGAUCAACAAAGCGUGUCCAUAAUUCAUCCAUACUGCCUGCCGCUGCGACACACCGCAUAUAGAAAACACCUAAUGUUUUAUAAAAUUAUACUAUACAGAUUAUGACACAAAUACAUAUUAAGUAUCAACUGAGGCGCUCUUGCGUCGUUUGAAAAAUACAUGGAACGCUCUAAGGUACGGAAGCCCUAAACGGCCAUCUAUUUAUUUUUUUUAUCUUGUUUUGUCGUGAUCACGAGAUAACAAAAGUUGUUUUUUCGUGAUCACGACUUAAUCUCUGCUGUAAAUUACACAAAUGUGUCAACAGAUGUCAGUAUGUUACCAAAUAUAACUGAUGAUGUGCGGUAAAUUUACACUUUACUGUAUUAGUUCAUAUUGGCCCAGAUUGUACGAGUUUCGGACAGAGAGAGUCUUCGUGAUCGCUUUAUUUUGUGCAGUAUUGUGUGCGUCAAGUAAUUAACUUAACUGUUAAAUGCUUGAAUAUGAUUAUUUUGCUUGAAAGUGUAUCUGUUAUCGUUCUGACUAGUGCAGGACUCACCACAGUUUCACGACCGCAAUAGUUCGGUGUGAUACUAAACUUAUUGCUUAUUAAAACUAAUUUUGAUGUCACUGUAUAGUAUUCUGUUUGCACCUUAUUGUGUAUCUUUAAGACGCCAUUUUAAUCAUCGCAGUUUCAGUGUUUGUUUCACUCACUCAAUGUAUAUUGAUAAGAAAUAUGAUUUAUAGCCUAUGUCAUUUAAUUCAGUGAUAGUGUAUAACCUAUUUUCUACAUUUCUUUGUUGGAAACAACACACAUACAUAAACACUCUUCUCAAACAGCAUCCCAAGAUUGUUUUAGCCUAUAUCAACUGGAUUAAAGUUUUGUUUUUUGGAAA